AUGAUGAAGAAAAAAGAAGAGUUUUGACAAACUCCACCACACAUAGGAAACAGGAGUGAUAGAAUAGCAAAGCAAAACAUUAAAGUGACCAUCUAUAGCCACUAUGGAAAAAGCCAAGGAGAUUUUGUUUCCACCAUCCUUUAGCUCAGAGUUCCCCUUUUAAGUGGUACAUUGUCAAGGGGGUAGCUCUGAAAGUUACACUGUGCCUCUGCAGUGCAGCUCAGCUACAGCUCUUGAAUGGAGGUGUGAAGGGACAGGAACAUUUGGUAGUUUCCACUACAGAACAAGAGCUCUCACUUUUUGCAGCUUGAAAUAAACCCUACCUGCAACACAGAAGCAAGUGCGACCACAGCAGGGUUUGCGCAGGAAAACCUUCACAGGGGGCCUAGUGAAGGAUGGGUGGGGGAAAGGAGGUGGUUCUCUGUCACCAGAAAAAGUACUGACACUCAAUUUUUUCCACUUAAAGUCAGCCCCACCAUGACGCCCCAAAAGUGAACACAGGAACUGACCACUGAAUGACAACAUAUAAACUCUGUGAAAGAGGGCUGACAGUAGCCGCUUUCUUCCCUGCUGUGACAAAGAAGCCACCAGCAAUGAAACUCCACACUGCAGCUAUCCUCCUCAUCUUCUGGCUUGCCAUGUUCACUGUGCAUGAGGUGAAAGGGAGUGCUGGAAGCCAGCCCAUGCGCAGAUUCAGCUGUGUACAUCUGUCUACAAGGCAACUGAACAUCCGAAAUCUUGUCAGCUAUGAAAAACAACAAGUUCCGGUAAACGCCACCGUGUUUAUAACCACAAAAGGUAUCAAGAUCUGUGUAAACUCUAAUCAGAAAUGGGUGCAGACCGCUAUGAAGAAAAUAGACCAAAGACGUGCCAUCAAAGGCAAAUAAUCCUGUCCCAGGCAAGCAUCUAAGGCCAGCUAAAUGGAAUCAUCAUCAGUGCUGCACAUAACAAAGAAUAAAGCCUUAGUAUUUGCUUUUCAUUCCUACUUAUUAAUUGGCAAUAAAAUCUCUGAAGAAACAGAAACUCAUCAGAAUCUCACUGUUUGAAUGUCUGCUGACUUGUUUGUUUUAUAGCUGGACUCUGUUACACUGUUUAUCUUCUGAAAUGCUUGCUACUAUUUAUUUACAAAUGAGUGUAGAUACCUUCUCAUCCUUGCUGUCCUGACCAGUAUAGCAUUUAUAGGUGAAUGGCACAUUGCUUCACAUACUGGAGGGAAGAUGACCUCCACAGAGCUGAAUGAGCGUAGGCCUCCAUCCUGAUGGAGGUCAGAGUGUUUUGCAUUGAGUGCUGGGUUUGAGAAGGUGCUAAAUAAUUUAAUGGUUGCUCAUACCUUUAUAAUGUACAAGUAAAGUAAUCUCAUGCUUCAGGCUACCACAUGAUCAGUGCAAUAAUCAGGAGAUGAUCAUUCCAUUUUUAUACACAGCAUUGCACUAUUAGCUCAGUUGACAAUGAUGUAUGGACACUCUCACCAAGGGAUGAUGUGAAGGAGUUCAGUGUAACUCUGAAAGGUUACUUCACUUUCACCCUCCUGUGAAACAAAUCUGAAAUAAUUGUUUUACUUUCUUCUUUGCUUUUCUCUGAAUAAGCAAGAACAAACCAUGUCUAGAAUCUGUAUUUCACAAAAUCAUAGUAACUCUCUGCCCUAGAGAUCUAUGUAUAUGUAAAUGCCUUAUAUUUUUAAAAUUGAUAAAUUCUACUAACAGAAGGUUUUGAAUUUUAAUAAAGUUACUAUAAACCUGGAAUCAAAUGGUACAUUUGUCUGCUUGUAUGUAAUGCAGAUGG